AUGUCUUCAAGCGGUUCAGAAGUGACUCAAGGUCCAGUUAUGGUGGAGCGGAUCUACCAAGCAGUGAUCUCUUCAUCAUCUUCCGACCCACCAAUGGAGGAAUGGUCUUCCCUCUUCGAUAUCGUCCCUCCAGACUCCCCGAAGAUGGUGCUAUUUAAGCAGGGUCUGUUUGACCCUGGCAGUGGGGAGGUCUGCGCGAAGUAUAUACCGUUGUCUGACAGCGAUGUGCUGAGGCAUCCGUACUAUGCGUACCCGGGGAUCAAAGACCCAGGGAUUGAGGAGGCUCUAUUUGGAUCAGAGAAAAAGAAAGUGUACAACACCAACGGGCAAGAGUUAUACCUAGAUUUGUGUGAGGAGAUGCACAUUAUUCCCAUCAGAGGGUUCCAUCGAGGGUUACUGGAAGACGCUAUAAAUCUAAGGUACUAUGGCGUGAAUCCAGUGGGGAUCAGAGCGAUGUGCCUGUCCCUCUCCUACAACAAUCACGUGAGGAGGCUGGACCUCACUUCCAACUUCUUGGACAAUGACGCGUGUUACCACCUCGGUGUGCUGCUCGGAGAAAACGCGACGCUUCAGGAGCUGAUACUGUCUGGUUGCAAAUUAAAACCAGAAGGCCUGAGAAGAAUAGUGGUACGACUUGCCUAUCGCAGUAUGGAUCUACUGGAUUUGUCCAGGAAUGAUUUUGGAGAUCAGGGAUUUGAGUACCUUGCUGCACAAAUCACCAGAGGCGCCGUUAUCAAAAGGUUGAGUCUAAGCUACAACCACUUGGGGGUGGACACGGCUGUGGCGUUUGCAGCGGCCAUCGAAGGGAACAAGAGCACCACACACCUGGACCUGUCUUGGAAUAAAUUCUACCCGGUUAAAGGUGCCAGUGACCUUCUCCGGCAGCUGGGAGACAGUAGGGUCCUGACGGAGCUGUAUUUGUCCUGGAACGGCCUCACGGUGGGCAUGCCCUUGAGGAAGGUGCUCAUGAUACCCACUCUACGACUCCUCGACCUUAGCAAUAACAGGUUAUCAACAGCAGCAGCAAAAGCAAUCUGUGCCAGACUCCACAUGGCAGAGAAACUGCACACCUUGGACCUGUCACAUAACCCCAUCAACCCAGCGGACGCGCUGCUCAUUCUUCAGAAGAUGACAGAGAGAGCUGUCAAAUUGCAGAACUUGCUCAUGGACGAUAUUGUCGUUAAUAAGGAGUUUGCAGCUCUGCUAAGAGAAGUUCUAUCCCUCAAAUACCGAUCGAAGACGAAGAUCACCCAUGGUAAGGUGAUCCGGGACUACGCGCUGAUGAUCCCGGAUAUGAGGGAGAUCGUGAUGAGGAGGCUGUUCUACUUGACUGACGCCACCGAGAAGUGUGAUUUGGAUAUAGCAUUAUAUUUCCUGAAAAUGUACAAAGAAAAGGAACUACUGCAGCCUCGUGAGCUGAUGAAGGCCCUGAAGGUAUCGGGGGCUCCGCUGGACGAGGGACUGAUUGAGGAGUUCUCGAACGCCUUCCCGGGACCCAAGCUUGAGAAGGGAGGGAAGACUGUCACGCUAAGCAAGGUGGUAGAGUUCGUCCGAAGGCUGUGGCCUGAGAAGCAGUUGCCGCCCACGCCGCCGCCACCGCCGGAGCCUGAGAAGAAGAAGAAGGGAAAAGGGAAGAAGAAGAAGUAGGUGUGAUAAAUAAGC